AUGGGUUAGUUAGUUACCAACUGCAACGCAAUUCUAUUAUCAGCGACUAUGCUAACGUCUGCUUCUGAUAAAGACAACAGUGAACAGGGAGUUGAAGCGUCGGCCGUGGUUUCUACUGAGACAUCGGAAUCGGUUCCUGCUUCCUCGGAGGAAGUUCGUAGUGGAAAAGAUAAACCGCGUCGCCACCGACGAGUGCGUCUUGAUGGGGAGCUUUUUCGAGGCGUUGCUGAGGCGAGCAAGCGCGGUAUUCAUCCGGUCAUACGGUAUCCAAUUCCGGGUGGGUCCCUGUGCUACUCGUUUGAAUACCUGCGCAAGACAUCCCGAGGACACCUAGUGUACAGUUGCAGUGGAUGCAAACGAGAUGGCAGAACAACGAGCGUGGCGGUCGUGAAUGGGUCAAACCUUGUUGGUGACCCGGUACUACUGCCACACGUGUGCCUUCCAAGGAAAAAUGUGCAAGAUCAAGUGACCCGGAUGGUUUAUAAGUCAUGCCAAGAAAUAGCAAAGGAUAAACGGCUUGCUCAUUUGAAGCCGAAAGAACUGUGGAUGAACAUAGCCGAUAAAGUGCACUGCAAUGAAGCGGCCGGUGAGGCAGAGCGAGACGAAAUGCUGCUUCACUUUUACAGAAAAGGGUAUGAGUCGCGGCGCCAGCCUAUUGCAAGAGCGGUCAGGAGGUUGCGUAACACCCACGUUGAAAUGGAUAUUGUACCGCAGGAGCACGCCUCGUCACCUGAUAUCUCAGCAAAUAUCCAGCAUACAAGCGACGAAUCUAAGUCUCCGUCAAACUCAGAUUUAGUUUUAGCCAUGGUUGCUACACAGACAUCGAAAACGGAUUCUGCUUCUUCGGAGGGAGUUUGUAAUACAAAAGAUGAGCCGCGUCGCCACCGACGAGUGCGUCUUGAUGGGGAGCUUUUUCGAGGCGUUGCAGAGGCGAGUAAGCGCGGUAUCCAUCCGGUCAUACGGUACCCAAUUCCGGGCGGGUCCCUGUGCUACUCGUUUGAAUACCUGCGCAAGACAUCCCGAGGACAUCUAGUGUACAGCUGCAGUGGGUGCAAACGAAAUGGCAGAACAACGAGCGUGGCGGUCAUGAACGGGUCAAACCUUGUUGGUGACCCGAUACUCCUGCCACACGUGUGCCUUCCUAGGAAAAGCGUGGAGGACCAAGUGACCCGGAUGGUCUAUAAGUCAUGCCAAGAAAUAACGAAGGAUGAACGGCUCGCUUGUUUGAAUCCGAAAGAACUGUGGAUGAAAAUAGCAGAUAAAGUGCGCUGCAGUGAAGCGGCCGGUGGGACAGAGCGAGAUGAAAUGCUGCUUCACUUUUACAGAAAUGGAUAUGAGUCGCGGCGCAAGCCUAUUGCAAGGGCGGCCAGGAGCACACGAGCGACGAAAUGCAGAUCUACCACUCUAGCAAAACUUAGAGGAUGCAAGCUAGCGGAAACUUCCUGA